AUGGAUUGCUUUCACCGCCGCUUUCGCCGCCGCCCGGCGCCGCGUCUGUUGAUUUUGGUCUUGUGCAUCAUCGUCGUCGUUCUUUCGAACGAAGCGAAAGCUAUUUCGACGACAACGGUAAACCGAAACACUAGCGAUCAACAACAACAAAGCGAUGAAGAAAGAUCUUCAUCGAUAGUAGUAUUAGAGAGUCUGCGCCGAGAAAGUAUCGGCCCGUCCGGCGCGUAUUACGCGUUUGAUGGCGUGGACGAUUACAUCAUCGCCAGGGACGUGCGCGGUUUACCGUCUCGAACGAUAUCCGCCUGCGCGUGGGUUUUUGUGAAUAGGCAUAAAAGCUUUAAUCGAAUCGUCAGUCACGAGUGGAUUAACUGGGGAUGGAAUUUGUACACGGACACACAAGGCGUUGCGAGGUUCGGCAUCGGCAAGGAGAAUAAAGAUUUCAGCGCAGGGAAGGUUUUGUUCUUAAACAGGUGGCAUUUUGUCUGCGGGACGUACGACGGGAGGGCGAUCACGGUGUUCGUGGACGGAGCGGCAGGUCCACAGGUACCCUUAGAGGAAAGCGGUCUGGAUUUCGAUGGACAUGUGACGAUUGGCGGCGCGGAGUGGGAUCCAUUCGACGGGAGGUUGGAUGACGUGAGCAUAUGGAAUCGAGCGUUGACUCCAGCGGAGGUGAGACGCUUGAUGGUGGUCGGAAUGUCCUCGUCUUUUGAUGAAGCGUCGAAUAUGAACAAAUUAGACGAUCCAACUUUGAUUUGGAUGGUUAAAGAUUGCGUCGCGUUUUGGACGUUUGACGAGGAAACGACGACGAUGCAUGGGGAAGGCAACAAGGAAGUGUUUCUGCACGACUCAAGCGGACGAGGAAACGUGGCAUAUUUAGGACGUGGGAGUCGUAUGCCAAAGAGAUACGUAAACGACGCGCCACCGAGUCGAAUUCCGUGCGUGUCAAAGAGUAGUUACUCUUCGCACGACGAUAGCGAUGAUGCCAGAAAAGAUAUACCGAGAGAGAAAAUUGAUCUCAACGUCGAUUAUGAAGAAGGUGGUAAAAACGCCAAGCUCGUUUUCCGCGUUAUAUCUGUCUAUCCGAGCGACUUAAUCCAAUUAUCUCUGCGUUAUGACAAAUUCGACAAAUACGAGGACGGUGAGAACGUUGUCAUCGAUACAUCGUACACGAUUGAUCCGUCGUUAGAUCCCAAAGAUAUUAAAAAUUUAAACGCUCUCGCUCGAAGCGUCUUUGUUGAAAUGGCGCCAUUGGAGUUAGAAUGGGAAACCGAUGAUUUGGAUAUGGAAUGCGCGACGAUCGUGUUUGAAGCGAAAAUCAUCGAAGACGGAACGGAUGUCAACGACGAAGAUAUACCGUGGUCCAUGAGAACUGUUUUAGUCGACAUCACCGAACAACCAGAGUUGUGCCAAGUUUUCGAUAGCUUGAAAGCCUCUCGCAUCGGUGCCGGAUCGUGUACGGAAAAACGCAAAGAAGUACGUCAGAUCCGUCCGAAACGCGAGUACGCUGAAUUUGUCGAGAAGACGGAUCGAGAGAGAAGAGAAAUCGUUUCAGAAUUCAUCGAAGACAGUGCGAUUGGCGCUUUACCGUUUGUCUCCGUCGUCGUUCCGUUUUACAACGGGGCGAAGGAGACUUUAGAGGAAACUUUAUCGAGCGUCUAUUCGCAAACGUAUAAAAAUAUCGAAGUGUUACUUAUCGACGAUGGAAGUAAAGAUGGGUCUUCCGAAGUUGCGAGGCAGCUUGUCGAUCGGUUCAACCAAAAAGGCGGACGGUUGUUCCAAAUCCAAGUCCACGAGAAACAAAACGGCGGUUUAGGAGACGCGCGGAACUUUGGUUUCGAUCGUGCAAUCGGUAAGUACGUUUUACCACUCGAUGCGGACGAUUUGAUCGACGAAACGUUUAUUGAAAAAGCCAUCGACUUGCUCGAAGAUCCGAACAACGAUUACAACUUAGCCGUGGCGGAUCUCGUAGGCUUUGGCGACUGGGAGUACAGUUGGAAUUUACCAAAAUACGAUCCGCAAGAUCUGCGCUACUUCAACGCCUUCCACUGUUCGGCGGUCAUUUUGAAGUCUUUAUGGGAUAAUACACCCGGUGGAUACCCGCGAACGACGUUGUUCGGCUAUGAAGAUUGGGCCUUUUGGCUCGAGGCUGAAAAGUACGUCGGUUUAAAGCCAGUAAACAUUCGCGAACCGUUGUUUAAGUAUCGCUUGCGCAAAGGCUCCAUGCUCCAAUCUAUGAUUGACGGUAAAAACGAGUUGUUCGCUCUCGCCAGCGUGCGCAUGUUAAACCCAAUAACUUAUCCAGUCGAACUCAUAUUAUCCGCACACGACAUGUUCAACGAGAGAGACGUUACGAGAGAGAUUGUGGACACGCUCACCGCGAAAUUGACCAAGUUUCAACGUGCGGCAAUGCCGGCUCUCAUGCUUGGGAUUUACUUUGAAUCAAACGGGAAAUUCCCCGAAGCUGGGCAAAUGUAUUUAAGAGCGAUUGAGAUAACGGACGGAACGAACGAUUGGCAGCCUCGAUGGAGAAACGGCUUGUUGUUACAAAAAGUAGGAAACUACGAUGCUGCGAACGUAACAUUAUCGAAACUGUUUAAAGAUUUCGACGGUCUGGAGCAAGUCUACGAAGAGAAACGUAAAAGAACGCCGAGCAUGUUUGGUGCAAUUUUAGCUCCAUCUGUGGUAGAGAAACGAAGACAUUUGCGCAUGGAAAACAAUAAUAGCGACAAUAAUGUCAACAAGAGUAGUAAGAAAUACACUGGUGGCGGUGGUGCGAACAAGAACGACGAGCUGUAG